GGUGAGUGUUUCCCCUUCAUUUUUCUCCCCUCUUGACUGAAGGCCCGGCGCGAGGCUCGGCGACUCUGCCCUCGUCGUCUCUUCCUCACCCCCGCGUGGAGACCCCGAUCCACCUGCCUCUCCGCGGGGAUGGCCCGCCAGUGACGGUGCCCUCGGCCGGGCAGCCGUGAAUCCCCACUCCCCGCCUUCGACUCCUCUGUCCCACCUUCCGAGCUCUCUGGAAAGAGAGGAGGCACUGGGGAAGAUGUGGCUGAAGCUGUUUUUCUUGCUGCUCUAUUUUCUGGUCUUGUUCGUCCUGGCCAGGUUUUUUGAGGCCAUUGUGUGGUAUGAAACUGGCAUCUUUGCCACCCAGCUGGUGGAUCCGGUGGCGCUAAGCUUCAAGAAGCUGAAGACUAUUCUGGAGUGCCGGGGGCUGGGCUACUCGGGGUUGCCCGAGAAGAAGGAUGUCCGGGAACUGGUGGAAAAGUCAGGUGACUUGAUGGAGGGUGAGCUCUAUUCUGCUCUCAAGGAAGAAGAAGCAUCUGAAUCUGUAUCUAGUACCAAUUUCAGUGGUGAAAUGCACUUCUAUGAGCUUGUAGAAGACACAAAAGAUGGCAUCUGGCUGGUUCAGGUCAUAGCAAAUGACAGAAGUCCCUUGGUGGGUAAAAUUCACUGGGAGAAAAUGGUAAAAAAGGUGUCAAGAUUUGGAAUACGUACAGGCACUUUUAACUGUUCCAGUGAUCCCAGAUACUGCAGGAGAAGAGGCUGGGUAAGAUCCACACUCAUUAUGUCUGUUCCACAAACAAGUACUUCUAAAGGGAAAGUUAUGCUUAAAGAAUACAGUGGACGCAAGAUUGAAGUAGAGCACAUUUUUAAGUGGAUAACUGCUCAUGCAGCUUCUCGGAUUAAAACCAUUUAUAAUGCUGAACGUUUGAAAGAAGAAUGGAAUAAAAGUGAUCAAUAUUGGGUAAAAAUAUACCUAUUUGCAAACCUUGACCAACCCCCAGCUUUCUUUUCUGCACUAAGUAUAAAGUUUACUGGAAGAGUUGAGUUUAUUUUUGUUAAUGUGGAAAAUUGGGACAACAAGAGUUAUAUGACAGAUAUUGGUAUAUAUAACAUGCCAUCAUACAUACUUAGAACUCCUGAAGGAAUCUACAGAUAUGGAAACCACACAGGUGAAUUUAUAUCCCUUCAGGCCAUGGAUUCAUUUUUGCGCUCAUUACAACCUGAAGUGAAUGAUCUGUUUGUUUUGAGCUUGGUUCUAGUUAAUCUUAUGGCUUGGAUGGACUUAUUUAUUACACAAGGAGCUACCAUCAAGCGAUUUGUGGUUCUCAUAAGCACUUUAGGGACAUAUAAUUCUCUGUUAAUUAUUUCCUGGCUACCUGUGUUGGGCUUUUUACAGCUACCUUACUUAGAUAGCUUUUAUGAAUAUAGCUUAAAAUUGUUGAGAUAUUCCAAUACAACCACACUGGCAUCAUGGGUGAGGGCAGACUGGAUGUUUUAUUCUUCUCACCCGGCCCUGUUUCUCAGUACAUACCUUGGACAUGGCUUACUAAUUGAUUACUUUGAGAAGAAGAGACGGCGUAACAACAACAAUGAUGAAGUCAAUGCCAAUAACUUAGAAUGGUUAUCAAGUCUGUGGGACUGGUACACCAGCUACCUCUUCCACCCGAUUGCUUCUUUUCAGAACUUUCCUGUAGAAUCUGAUUGGGACGAAGACCCCGACUUAUUCUUAGAACGGUUAGCUUUCCCUGACCUUUGGCUUCACCCUCUGAUACCAACUGAUUAUAUAAAAAACUUACCAAUGUGGCGGUUUAAAUGUCUUGGAGUCCAGUCUGAAGAGGAAAUGUCGGAGGGUUCUCAAGAUAUUGAAAAUGACUCAGACAGUGAGAACACAGAUACUUUUAGCAGUGAGAAGGAAGUAUUUGAAGAUAAACAAAGCAUAGUUCACAAUUCUCCAGGAGGAGCAAGUCACUGUGAUGCUGAGGCUUGUUCAUGUGCCAAUAAAUAUUGUCAGACCAGCCCAUAUGAAAGGAAGGGGAGGUCAUUUGGAUUGUAUAAUACUAAUGAAGAUAUGGAACCUGAUUGGUUAGCUUGGCCUGCUGAUAUGCUGCACUGUACUGAAUGUGUUGUUUGCCUAGAGAAUUUUGAAAAUGGAUGUUUGCUAAUGGGAUUGCCUUGUGGUCAUGUGUUUCACCAGAAUUGCAUUGUGAUGUGGUUGGCUGGGGGCCGACACUGUUGCCCUGUUUGCCGGUGGCCUUCUUAUAAAAAAAAGCAGCCAUAUGCACAGCACCAGCCCUUGUCAAAUGAUGUUCCAUCUUAACCAUGUGCAAUUUGUCCUUUAUAAGCUUUGAGUACCUUACAGCUUGCCUUUUUAAUGUUAGUCACAAUGUUUUUGUGGUUUGAAGUUUAGUUUAAUGUUAGUGCUGUGACAGGAAAUACACAUUAUGCUAAUGUUGAUGACAGAAUUUAUUUGGUUGCCUUGUGUGUCAAUUGAAUGCAUACUUAAUUAUAAAAAUUUUUAUUUACAACAUUGGAAAUUCAGAAGUUAAUGUUUUUUGUAAGCACAAAAGAAGUAUAAUAGAAAUUUAUCCUAGCAAGACUUUAUAAGGUAGGAUCAAAUUGUAAUGGAAUUGAGCUGGUUUCUUAUCCUAAAUGUUUCUUCCCUUUUUACAAUCUCUGCCCAGAACCUCUUGGUUAAAUAAUGUAUGCUUUGAAACAUGAAAUUAAAACAGACCUAUGAAAUAAAUUAUUUUAAAACCAGAA